AUAUGUAAGUUUGAGGCAUUUCAAAAAUCCACUUGCACCCACAUCGGGUGAUUUGGCAUGGAAUGUCAAAUCAUUGGCUUUCUUAUAAACUAUUUUUUUUGUUAUUAUAAUAUUAAAUAUUAUUUUACUAGUGUGGGGCCUAUGUGUUCUAACACAAUUAGCGAAAGAUGUGUGCGAAACGGAUAAAGUCUUAGGUAAACGCAUUAAUACAAGUUAUAGGAUGUCAAUGAAGGUAAGUUUACAACAAGCUUUGAAACGAGUUGAGAUUUUGAUUUUUUUGCCGCCUAAAACGCACGGCAGUUUACCUCCACGCUGUGAAGUACCUCCAUUUGUGGCAAUCAAUCGUUAUCACACAAACACACGCUAUCACAAAUCUGUCUAGAACAUUUCUAUGUUGUCAUUCAUUUUGCAUUAAAAUCACAAUUUACAAGUUUUGUUUUUGUUAAUAAUUUAUAUUUCUUUUUGUACACUCUGAAUUUCUGUGAAUUAUAAAUAGUUAGAUUCGAUUUUUGCAAUAGGACAUAGGUAUAACUUGUUUUCGGUAUUGAUGCCCCGUCUCUGAUUCAUGAGAAUUUCUAGUUUUUAAUCAUAAUAACUUGGUCGAAUUCAGUGAUAAAUACCUAACGUAGUGCCUCAUGUUUCUUUAUUUCGUUUCAAUUUGCAUUACAAUUGAGUUUUGUUUUGCUUGUUAAUUAUUUUAAGUUUUUAGUAGCAGCCCUGAACACCCGUUUACAGUUUUACGUUGUAAUUUUGAAGCAGUAUAAUAUGUUGAAAAUUAAACAUGAAAAUGAUGGAACAGAAGAACACUCUUUUGAAAAAACGCCUGAAGUCAUAGAACCUAAACUGCUAGAUGUGCAGUUCAUAAACAAUGAAAUUUCUACAAUAGAGGAGUAUUUAGUAAAGAAUGAAGACGACAAUACUUAUGGAAUUUUGAAGCAGUAUAAUAUGUUGAAAAUUAAACAUAAAAAUGAUGGAACAGAAGAACACUCUUUUGAAAAAACGCCUGAAGUCAUUGAACCUAAACCGCUAGAUGUGCAGUUCAUAAACAAUGAAAUUUCUACAACAGAGGAGUAUUUAGUAAAGAAUGAAGACGACAAUACUUAUGGAGCUUUAAAGCAAGAAAAUGACGAAUCAGAAGAUCACUCUUUUGAAAAAUUGUUUGAAGUCAUUGAACCUAAACCGCUAGAUGUGCAGCUCAUAAACAAUGAAAUUUCUACAACAGAGGAGUAUUUGGUAAAGAAUGAAGUCGACAAUAGUUAUGAAAUUUUGAAGCGGUAUAGUAUGUUAAAAAUUAAACAUGAAAAUGAUGAAACAGAAGAACACUCCUUGGAAAAAACGUUUGAAGUCAAUGAACCUAAACCGUUAGAUGUGCAGCUCAUAAACAAUGAAAUUUCUACAACAGAGGAGUGUUUGGUAAAAAAAGAAGUCGACAAUACUUAUGGAGUUUUGAAGCGGUUUAAUAUAUUGAAAAUUAAACCUGAAAAUGAUGAAACAAAAGAAGAGUUGUUGGAAAAAUCGUUUGAAGUCGUUGAUACUAAACCGUUAGAUAUAAAGUUCAUAAACAAUGAAAUUUCUACAACAAAUAAGUGUUUAGUAAAUAAUGAAGUCGACAAUAAUUAUGAUAUUCAUUUUUCGUGUAAAGCGACAGAUAUCUCAAAUAAUACAAAGACAAUGGAUUGUAGUUUUAACGAAACUAUAGAUAAUCAUUUUCAGAAAAAUAUAUACAAAAUACGUCGGUUCGACUGCAAUAUGUGUCAGAGGAGGUUUACAACCAAAAGUAAUAUAAUCCGGCAUAUUGCGAAAUCGCAUUCCAGUACUUCCAUUGAAAAGAAAACACCUCAAAAAAAUAAAGUCAAUCAUCGUAACAGCAAAAUCAAAGGAAAUACUCGAAACAAAGAUGGCCUAUUUAAUUGUGGUAUUUGUUUGAAAACGUUUUCAUUAAAAUCAAGCCUAAGAAGACAUUGGCGCGUUCAUACCGGGGAGAAACCCUUUAAAUGCGAUAUCUGUGAAAAAACAUUUGGUAGACAACAUCACCUCAAGAUUCAUAAACGCACACAUACCGUCGAAAAACCGUUUAAAUGCGAUGUCUGUCAAAAGGCUUUUUGCGACCAAUCUUACAUCAAAAUUCAUAAAAGGAUACAUACCGGCGAGAAGCCCUUUAAAUGCAAUAUUUGUGAAAAAAAAUUUGGUCAGAUAUCUCACCUCAAAACUCAUGAACGCAUACACACCGCCGAGAAACCUUUUAAGUGCGAUGUCUGUGAAAAAACAUUCAGUCAUCAAUCUGCUCUCAAGAGACAUGCACGUAUUCAUACCGGCGAGAAACCGUUUAAAUGCGAUGUCUGUGAAAAAACAUUUAGUCUACAACAAAGUCUUAAAAAACAUGAAAGGAUACAUACUGGUGAAAAACCUUAUAAAUGCGUUGUCUGUGAAAAAACAUUCAGUCAACAAACUCAUCUCAAGAACCAUGCACGUAUUCAUACCGAAGAGAAACCCUUUAAAUGCGAUGUCUGUGAAAAAUGUUUUAAUAUACAAUCUAACCUCAAAGUUCAUGAAAGAACACAUACCGGCGAGAAACCAUUUAAAUGCGAUGUCUGUGAAAAAAUAUUCAGUUUAAAGUCCUCUCUCAUAAUUCAUGAACGCAUACAUAUUGGUGGGGUACGAUACAAAUGCUCAGCCUGUGACAAAUCAUAUGGUCGCCAAGAUACUCUCAAAAGGCAUCAAGCAAAAGCACACGGCUCAUAGUUUCAUAAACCUUACGUGACUAUUUGGCAGUUUUUCAAAAUCGAUUUGUUAUUAUUUUGCAAUUUUUUUUACUUACGAUUUAUUUCAGAUUUAGUAUACUUUUAUUAGUUUUCUUAUAAUAUUUAAUUUAUUACUAUCGGUUAACAGAUCAAUAACAUAAGUAUUAGUUUUUAAUUUAUUUUUUCGACGGAUCACAUGAAUUAUUUAGUAUUUAUAUUUUUAUAAUGUAUUUUUUAAUUUUCAUAAU